GACUGAAGAGGCACACUGCGAGAAAUCAAUCUAAUCUGUGAAGUAAAAAUAUAAAUAAUCAAUUAAAUAUGUCUCAAGUAUAACUUUUAAGGCAGAAAUACUGUUCUUAAAUCAAUUCUUAAUAAGUAUUCUUAGCAAAAUAUAAGUGCAACUCUAAGAAAUUUCUCCCUGUGCAUCGGAAAACGCAGAAACAGCCGAGGCUGAGGCGAAAAACAGCUCAAAUCAAAUAGUGCUCGGCCAGGCCAAAAUCAGUUUGAGGCAAAACGCUCGCUCGCGAUGACACAAUAGCACAAUAGCUUUUUCGCGUUCGAAUUUUGCGCUAAUAUCAAGCAUACGCAACGUGGUGCGCCGCCAACAGCAGCUAUAAAUAAAGAAUAUAAUUCUUUUGUGCCAUUUUUUAAGUGCGCAAAAAAAUCGAAAGAUAUCCAAAUCAAUUUCUAAAAAGAAACCCAUCACAGUGCCCCCAGUGAAGUGAAGCCAAAACGCAAAAAUCCGAAACCCAAAAAUGCUAAGUGAUGAAUACUUAUAAUUUCCAUUAAGUAUUCACGAAAUAAAUAAAUACGAGUACAGAAAACACACAAAACGCGUGUGAAGAAAGUUUGUGCAGUGGAAAAUUUUAGAAGGAGAAGCUGCUGAAAACGGGUCAACGUUUGCGGGAAAUCGGCGCCAAGCGACGCAGCAAUAUGAUCUAUAUAGAUGACUCAGAGCCGGAAGGUGUUCUGGAACCGGCGUUUCCUAUGCGCGAUGUCACCAUAAAUCGCAAUGUCGAUGCUCAUAAACUAUACGAUGUUCUCGGCGAGGUGGGACGCGGCAAAUUCGGAACAGUGUACAAGUGCAAGGACAAGGCAAAUGGCCUUCAGCUGGCGGCCAAGUUUGUGCCCAUUCCCAAGCGGGAGGACAAACGGAAUGUGGAGCGGGAGGUGGAGAUUAUGAAUUCAUUGCAGCAUCACCUCAUUAUACAAUUGUACGCGGCAUACGAAUAUCAGAAAAUGAUGUGCGUCGUCCUGGAACUCAUUGAAGGCGGCGAGCUAUUCGAUCGCGUGGUGGACGAUGAGUUUGUCCUUACCGAGAGGGUCUGCCGGGUCUUCAUCCGCCAGGUGUGCGAAGCCAUGGCCUUUAUACACGGCAAUGGCAUAGUCCAUCUGGAUCUUAAGCCCGAAAAUAUACUGGUGCUCACACAGAAGGGUAAUCGCAUUAAGAUCAUAGACUUUGGACUGGCCCGCAAAUUUGAUCCCGAUAAGCGUCUUCGGGUACUCUUUGGCACACCCGAGUUUGUGGCUCCAGAAGUUGUGAACUUUGACUGUAUAUCGUAUGGCACCGAUAUGUGGAGUGUAGGUGUGAUAUGUUACGUGCUCAUCUCAGGACUGUCGCCUUUCAUGGGCGAGAACGACAUUGAAACAAUGUCAAAUGUAACCAUUGCGAAAUACGACUUUGAGGACGAAUGCUUUAAUGGCAUCUCCCCGGAGUGUCUGGAUUUCAUAGCCAAGCUGCUGGCCAAGGACCUGAGCACUCGCAUGACAGCCGCCGAGUGCAUGAAACACAAAUGGCUACAACAGCGGCCGGCUGCCGCUGCCUCUGCCACGCCCAUCACAAAGGCCGCCUCUAUGGCGUCCAAGUCGCGCCUGAAGUCAGAGUCUCCGGUGACAGCUCCCUCGGAAUCCUCAGAGGAAUCCUCCACGGAAACCAUCGAGGACGGUGACAACGAUGAGGAGGCGGAGGAGCAGCAGGAGGUGCUGACGGCGGACAAGAAAAAGAGCCAGGAUGAUGGGCAGGAUGAGGAGGAGCUGGCCAAGCUCUGCAGUGCCGCCGACCUGGAGAAUAAAGAACUGGAUGCCACAAAGGACAACCUAAAGAACUUCAUUGUCCGCUGGGAAACGCAUCCAAAUAGUCCGUACGUGUUCGAUGUGGAGGGCAAUGUGAUUGCGCCGCUGAACGAGACAAGUUACCCGCAUCCGCGGAGAACCCAUGGACCGGACAGCAUCUCCUCGUCCCGAGUUUGUUCUCCCUCGCCCUGCGAAUCGAUUGCCACUUUGACCGACGACGAGCUGGCCGAGGAUGCGGAUCUGCCGGAGGAGGAUGAGUUGCGCAGUGCUGACAACGAGAGUCCCCAUUCGGUUUCCACGCCCAUUAAUGAGUCCAGGGAGAAGCUAUUUCCAAUGGUGGCUACCUCCAAUCCUGCCACGCCCACACCGCAGCAUCUGUUCAAUGAGAACUUUGAUGAGUUCUCUGGCAGCCAAUCCACCGCCCAGCAGCAGCGCAGUAUGAAGAGCUAUCUGCACACCUUUGACCGGAGGAACUCGGAUACCACGUACCUGCUGGGUCGUCGCAGCUCUGGGGAACGUGUGAAUCUGGCGGAUGAGAUAAGGAAGCUCUCCGAUCAUCUCCUCAUGCUGGCCGAAAUCAAUACCAAGCUGGGGGAUAGCAAUAAUAAUAAUAAGAGUAGUGAGGCUACUCCAGCAGCUCCAGCUACUCCAGCUACUCCAUCUGCUCCAGCUCCAACGCCGGCUCCUUCUGGCAGCAGCUCUAGUAAAACCUCCGAGAUCAGCAAAGAUGGCAAUAGGUGGACCAGUAAGUCAACCACUAGCAGCAGCUGGAAUCGUCCCACUUCCACGGGAGGACUACUCAAGCAGGCCAGCAGUAGUACCCAAAGUCAGAGCAGCUAUGACGAUGGUCAGGGCAAGACCAAGAUUAGUUCUUUGUCUGUGAGACUGCAGCAGUCCAUCGAGGAAACGCCCAAGCUGAGUAAUGGUACCAGCUCCACCAGCACCAAAUCCCAGUUGCAAUCGCAGCGCAGCAAAACCAGCAGCGUGCAAACUAUGACCAGCUCCAAUGCCAGAAGCAUUACCAGCCAGCAUGUACAAAGAACCAGUACCACCUCAACAAAGGUCAUCUCCAGCAGCAGCAGCAGCACCAGCACCAGCAACAGCACAACCUCUAGUCAACAAAUGUCCAGUGCCAGCAACCAAAUCUCCUCCAGCUCUAGCAACCAAGCUCUCAGCGAAUCAGCCAGCAGUCGUCGUGCCAAAUUCCGGAUAAAUCAAAUGAGUCGCGACGUGCCUGUUGGCCUGCCGGACACCCACCAGACCGUCAACCUGGAGGAGGCAGCCAACACCACCAAGGAUUGCCUGCUGCAUCUGCUGGAGAAGUACAAUGAGACCCGGAUCCGGAAUCCUGUGGGGCGUCACCAGAGUAUCAGCGUGGACUGGCAUGUCAGUGACAAUCUGGAGUACCGCUCCAUGAGCUCCAUAAAUGCGUUCUUCCAGCGCCACAAUCACAAUGGACAGAACGUGCGGCAUAUCCAGGCCCAGCUGGAGGAGAAGGCGACGGGGAAGCAAUAGGAGAGUCCACUGUAUAUAUAUUUAUUCGAUAUAUAUUUUUGUAUGUAUAGGACAGAUCAAUUAAAGCGGGUGCUCAUAUAUAGUUAAUGAAACUUAGGUAAAACUUCAGCGUUGCAAUGGAAACAAAUUAAUAUUUAUGUACUUGAUGUAAG